AUGUCUGUAUCACAGGCUGCGGCCGCGGCCACGACCGCGAACUCAGUCAAAUCGACCCCGAUCGAACCGACGACUGCUAGCGCCACUUCCAGUGCAGAGUCCGCGGCAACCACCUCUGAAGCAACUUCAUCCACGCCUUCUACGACUUCUACCAGUUCAAGUACUACCAUCACUACCACUAGUAGCAGUAAUACCAGCACCAGCACCAGCACCACUAGCAGCACCAGCAGCACCAGCACUUCCACGAGCGAGACCACAUCUUCUGCGACCAAAACUUCCACCACCCCGACUGAAACCACCACUUCGACGACCAGCUCAGUAGCCGACAUCGUCACGACAUCUGCGAGCACCAACGGUCAGACCACGGUUUAUGCCACUAUCACCGAAACCUCCACCUAUCCCACCACCGGCGUUUCAUCAGCAACGAACUCGUCUUCUGCCACCGACUCGGCCGCAUUGUCGACCACUGCUGCCUCUUCCAGCCAUGGCCUAUCCGCUGGUGGCACCAUUGCGGUCGCCGUCGUGGUACCCGUCGUUUCAGUGGCGCUGAUUGUCCUGGCUGCCAUUUUCUUCUGGCGCAAGCGGAAGGCUAAGAAGGCCGCCGAGGAAGAGCGCCGAAAGGAAGUGGAAGAGUAUGGAUUUAACCCGAACAAUGACCCAAUUCUGCCCGGCAUGGGAGGCAGUGUGGCCCCCAAGGAUGAUAACUCGUCGGGCUACCGUGGCUGGGGAACGACCUCUGCUGGCCGCAAGGCCUCGACCAAUUUGUCCAGUGGUAUGGGAAUGGCUAUGUCGGAUGGCAGUGGUGCCUAUCACCACCAAGCGACUCCCAGUGAAGGCACAGUGCAGUAUUCGGACGGUGCUCGUCCGGACUCAGGCGAGAUUGAACCCAUUGGCGUGCUGGGUGCCGCCCCCGUGGCCGCUAACAACCGCAAUGGCGACAUCCAUCGUGGUCCUUCCAAUGCGUCGUCGGCGUACUCGGCCGCCAAUCAAUCCGAAGCAUCGGAAGAAAGCCACAUGUCUGCUGCGCACCCGUCCGGAGGAUUUUACGGAGAGAACCCGUAUUACGGCGAAACGACUGGACACGGAGCAUAUGCCGAUGAUGCCUACCAGCCAGUAAUCCGGGAUGUUCAGGCGCGCCGCAACACGCGCAUUGAAAACCCGGGUGUCUACCCGCGGCAAGGGAAUGCGGGCAUUGCCCAAAAUUUCUAG